GCUGUGAUGCUGUGGGGAAGGGUAUGUGUGUGUGGGGCACCUUUUUGUCAUUGUCGCGUGCCUUCAGGUCCCUUCAAGACUCAUGGCGACCCUCCUGUCUUGGUGUUCUCUUGGCCAGAUUUGCCCAGAGGAGGUUUGCCUCUGCCUUCCCCUGAGGCUGAGAGAGUGUGACCUAUUGCCCAAAGGCACCCAAAGGCUUUACAUGGCAGGGGCAGACCUCCUCUGAAGACAUCUGGCAGCCAAGGUGGGAUCCGAAUCCUGGUCUCCGGAGUCCAACGCUCAGAACGUGGCACCAUGACAGCCCCACCUCCCUUUUAGGAAGCAAGAUGGAAAUGAAACGGCUGAGCGUCUCCCUGGUUGUGGUCCUGUUUCUCAUCCUGGCCCUGCAAAUCUUGUCCGCCAUUGAUUUCGACCCGUACCGGAUCCUGGGGGUCAGCCGGACAGCCAGCCAGGCGGACAUUAAGAAGGCCUACAAGAAGCUCGCCCGGGAAUGGCAUCCCGACAAAAAUAAGGACCCGGGAGCGGAAGAUAAGUUCAUUCAAAUCAGCAAAGCUUAUGAGAUCCUGUCCAACGAGGAGAAGCGAUUAAACUUUGACCGCUACGGGGACGUGGGCGAAAAUCCAGGUUACCCCCAGCAGCAGCAACAGCAGCACCAUCACCGCCAGUUCCACCACUUCCAUGAAAGCUUCUAUUUUGACGAGUCCUUUUUCCAUUUCCCGUUCAACUCAGAGCGCCGCGACUCCUCCGACGAGAAGUACCUGCUUCACUUUACCCACUACGUCAAUGAGAUCUUGCCUGACAGCUUCAAGAAGCCGUACCUCAUUAAGAUCACAUCAGACUGGUGCUUCAGCUGCAUUCACAUUGAGCCUGUGUGGAAGGAGGUGGUCCAGGAGUUGGAGGCGCUGGGUGUGGGGAUUGGGGUGGUCCAUGCCGGUUACGAAAGGCGGCUGGCCCAUCACCUGGGAGCACACACCACCCCAUCGAUCCUGGGGCUUAUCAAUGGGAAAGUGACGUUUUUCCACAACGCAGUCGUUCGGGAGAAUCUGCGACAGUUUGUGGAGAGCCUCCUUCCUGGGAACCUCAUUGAGAAAAUUACAGAUAAAAACUACGUCCAGUUCCUUUCAGAGUGGAAGAAGGAGAAUAAACCCCACGUCCUUCUCUUCGAUCAUAUGCCUCUUGAGCCACUGCUGUACAAGCUGACUGCCUUUGCCUACAGAGAGUACUUGUCCUUUGGCUAUGUCUAUGUCGGCCUCCAAGGAACGGAAGAACUCUCCAGCCAAUAUAACAUCAACGUCUACACACCCACCAUGAUGGUCUUCAAGGAAAACAUCGAUAAACCUUCAGAUGUCAUCCAGGCCCGGGCCAUGAAAAAGCAGCUUAUUGAUGACUUCUUGUCCCAGAACAAAUUCCUGAUGGCAGCCCGACUCACCAGCCAGAAGCUUUUCCAGGAGCUGUGUCCUGUGAAGAAGUCCCACAGGCAACGCAAGUAUUGUGUGGUCUUGAUUACUGGAGAAGGAGAUAAAUAUACAGCGGGGUAUGAUGCUUUCCUGGCCUUUGCCCUGGCCAAUACCAAGGACACCGUGAGGUUUGUGCACAUCUACAACAACUAUCAGCGGCAGUUUGUCCACACUUUGCUGACGGACGAUGAAAGCUUUCAGGGGAAGUCAGUGGUGGUCAUCUUGGAGAGGCGCAAUGAUGUUGGCCGGGUGAUCUACAAAGCCCUGGAGGAUCCCUGGAGUGGCAGCACAAAGGACAACUUCAUCCUCCUCGAUCUUUUGGAUCAGCUGAGGAUAGACCCAGGGUUCCUCUCUUCGGAUGCCAUCCUGCCAGACUUGAACGAUGAACUUGCUCCUGUUUUUUUCCUUCGGUGGAUCUAUUCCAGCAUGGACUACCUCUCAGACUGCUGGGACAGCCUCUUCCACAACAACUGGCGAGAAAUGAUGCCUCUCUUGUCCCUGAUCUUCUCAGCCCUCUUCAUCCUCUUUGGGACGGUGAUUGUUCAGGCUUUCAGCGACUCGAGCGAUGAGAGGGAUUCGCCUCCCCCCAAGAAAGAAGACGGGCCCCCAAGGAAUGAGAAGAACGACACAAGCUUCACCAAAGAGAACAGAAUCCCCAAGAAGGGCUUCGUAGAAGUAACGGAGCUCACAGACAUCACUUACACAAGCAACCUGGUGCGCCUGAGGCCUGGGCACAUGAAUGUGGUGCUGAUCCUUUCCAACUCCACCAAAACCCCUCUGCUGCAGAAGUUUGCCCUGGAGGUCUACACUUUUACAGGGAGCAGCACCUUGCACUUCUCCUUCCUCAACCUGGACAAGCACCGGGAAUGGCUCGAAUACGUGUUGGAGUUUGCUCAGGAUGCCGCCCCGAUCCCCAACCAGUACGACAAGCACUUCCUAGAGCGAGACUACACUGCCUACGUCUUGGCCCUCAACGGCCACAAGAAGUACUUCUGCCUUUUCAAGCCUCGCCGCUCCGAGGACAACGCAGACCUCCUGCUCCCCGGAGGAUCCUGUGAGGAUCCCGACGUCACCGGGGAGGCGCGAGGGAAGUCCUCCUCCUCUUGCAGCCCACAGGCCAAGUUCGCGAAAAAGAAACUCAACAGAUUGUCCUUGUGGAUGGAGCGACUCUUGGAAGGCUCCCUACAGAGGUUUUAUAUCCCCUCCUGGCCCGCGCUAGACUGAGAUGUCAUUUUGUGUGUGUGUGUUUUUUAAAAAAGCAGGGUUUUGAAAGAGAAUUUGUCGCACUGCAGACUUUGAAAGAGGACAACCGGAAGCAUCUCUCUUUCCAGGAAUUUUACCUUCUGUCGGAUAGAUGGUAGCUUUUUAGACAGAUCCUCCUAGGUUGUUCACUUCCCCUAUGAAUUAGAAGCAUCUUUUCUUACCUUUGGACCUAGGAGUAACGGAAUACCAUCGUGCACUGACAUCCGUCAUCAUCACCAAACGAUUCCAAAUGUCCAUACAGUCAGAAACAGACUGUCACUGGUGGCCCCCCUCCUGCCAUUUUGGUCCUGCCUUUUCGGUUUUCUGAUGCCAACAAAAACCUUGCUGCUGCAGACCACUCUUGUGUGUGGAUUUUGGUUCUUUCCCCCCACUUUCUUUAAAAUGUUGGUUCUGUUUUACUGCACACCCUCCUGUGUCGAUGUGUAAGCGAUUCAGGUCUCUUCCUGUGCAUGCUACAAAACUCAUUUCACAGGCAGCUCAAUGUUUUCUGCUUCCCGUAACCAUUCUUUUUUUAAGGAAAGUACCUCCUGUGUGGGUACUAAGUGGAGGAGGAAAUGUGUGGGGCAGGGUGGCUUUGCAAACCGGCAAUCCCUCCAUCUCCAGAUGCAAUAAAUCCACACGUAGAGCCCACCAGGUAAGCCUCCACCAGUACAAGGAGCGGUCAAUCAAACCGUGAAAUACUAGAAUAGACAAAUGAGCCAUUGAAAUGUGUUUGUUCUUUCCGGCACCUUCCUGCUUGCUGUCUGUCUGUCUCUUUCUAAACACCUUUUUUUGGAGCCAUACCUUGAAACCACGUUGGCAAACUGUAAACCUCAAAACUGCUAUGAGCCAAUAGUUGUGUGAAAGUGAGAAAACCUUUAAAAUUCCCCGCUUGCGUGAGUUGUCCUCCCGGCAUCCCAUUUCCGCUCCCAUAACUGCCAGCCGCACACCUUUCGGACAACAACUAAUGAAGUUGCUUUGUGUCGAGGAACUUAAGUUGUGUCUCUGAUGAUUGUAUCUGCCACGAUAGUUCAGGGCUUCGACGCCUUGAAUCGGCCAGUUGUCCGGUACUUGAUUUUCCCGUCUUUUCCCAUCUGAAUAAGCUGUUGUCGUUUUCAGCCUUUUUGAAACUGGUCUCAAGAUGGCUGUUUGUUUAGAAAAUUGCAAGGCUGCCUUAUUGCUGUUUUCCCUGCCGUUCCCUUUCAGAAUGCACCGUUCCGUAUAAAUACAGGGUUUCUUUAUUCUCAUCUCUUGGCUUUCUCUUUUAAAAGCUGUUCUACAAACUGUGCCGACAAAAAGAGCUGCCGGCUGUAACAUUUCAGGCUGCAGAGCAUGUGUCUUUAUGUGUGCGUUGUACAUUUGAAUGUCCUCUGUGUCGGGCCAACAAACCUUCCCCUCUGUAGCAACCUGGCGCAUCAGAUGGCGAUUUAAUCGAGCCCUUUCCCUGAUAGGCUACAUUUCAACAUGCAGGGACCUUCCUUGUGUUCAAACAUGUGCCCCGAAUUCUGUAGCCUUGUAGCCUGUAGAUUGUUUGGAGGAAUGUGGUCUUUUGUCACUUUGCCAAUGGUGACUUCUAAGGGGGGACUUUGGGACUUUAGAUGUGCGAUUGUCUGCUGCACUGAGAGGGACAUGGAGCCGGUGAUAUGGCACCAGCCCUGGCUCUGUAUGCUCAACCUUUCCCUUGUUACCUGAUGCGGAGAGGCUUUUGGGGAAAGCAGCUGCUUCCCUGUCACUCAAAACAGGUAGGAAACCUUCCAUUUUGCUGAGAAGGGCAGUGCCACUUCUUCAGCUGUGGUCAUCUCUUUAUCAAAUCCUUCCUGACAGUUUUGACAAAUAGCUCCCCAAGAUGGUCCUCAGGUUUCUAGACCGGUUGGAUUCUAUGACUGAUAAAAAUUUUGGAACAAGGUGCCUUUAAUGGAGCAGAACCUCUUGAGUGGUUCUUUGCAAAUAAGUCUCAUCCUCACUCGCUGUACCCAGGAAGCCUGGCUUUGUUAGGGUGCCCUUGGACAGAUUAUAAGGAAAGGUCUGGGUACGAAUUUAAGUCAGGCUUCCUUACAGGGUUCUUGCAGCAGAGCCAUGUUGGCUGUGUUGCUGCCUUCUAGCCUUCGGAUCGGAACUCGUGUCUCAGUUGAAUCAGAGAUCAGAUUUGAAAAUACAAAGAUUGUGCUGGCCUAGAAGCCAUUGCUGUGGUAAUUACGUGGAUGUUGGCAACCCAUAGCACUAGCAUCAAUGCACAGCCAUGUGCAUACGAUUAGCAUGCAUUUCCUUGGAGACUUCCAGGCAGAAGAGCGAUGGGGAGCCUGUGUCCCUCUGGAUGUUGCUGGACUACAACUCCCACCAGUAAGGCCACUGGGAGUCAGGGAGGCAACAUCUCAAUUUCUGCCAUCUUGUCUGAAGUUGGCAAGACAAGGGCAGAAAUAUACCACAGAUGACAGUUAAUGGAGGGUAGUUGAAACAUUAUGAGGUAGCAGUAGUCUUUUGUGGGAUGAAGUGGGAAUCCUAACCCAUUUCUUCCCCCAAAUGCCUGGUGGGGGUGCUUUUCGACUACAUUCCCUGACCUGGUGCCCAGUUAAUGCAAACCACCUCGUCUUUUUUUGUUGCUGAAUUGGGCACUGGCUGUGGGGCAUUUGAGCUGGCAAACGGGUUCAUCAUCCACAGUGGACUACCACUAACCAGUGGCAUCUGAGCCUAGGCUGAUUUGCUGAAAGAGAAGCACCUUAUGCCAGCGAUGUCCAAACUCUGGCCCUCCAGGUGUUUUGGACUUCAGCUCCCAGAAGCCUCAGCCACCUCAGCCAAUGGUCUGGGAUGCUGGGAGCUGAAGUCCAAAACACCUGGAGGGCCAGAGUUUGGACAUCACUGACCUUAUGCUAAUUAAUUGGAGGCAUGAAAUAAUCUCAGAGCUUGAAAAAUCUAGGGCUACACUGGAAAACUCUAGACCUUUUCACACUCUCCAGUUGUGGCACUACAAUUCCACUUUAACUGCCAUGGCAACAUCCUAUGGGAUCCUGGCUGCAAAUUUUAAGGAUCCCCUUCUCUAAACUACAAGUCCCAGGAUUUCAUAGGACGUCACCAUGGCAAAAGCGGAGUCAUGAAACUAUAUUUUUGGGGAGAAAGGCCUCUCCAAAAAAGCAAUUGCUCUGAACCCACACUAUAAAAUAAGUAGAUUUGCUAGUAGCAAUCUACUGCUGAAGGACAUGUUAAGACGAGAAAUGUUCAUUUUAAAGGGUCUGUUUCUGUUCAAGGAUGCCUUGGCUGUUGGACACGUCCAGAGCUUUUCAGACUCAAACCUGAAGCAGACCCUUUUGGAGGGGAGAUGUUAGCAUAGCGUCCGAUUCCCCCGUGUGCCGUUUACUUUUGCCCCUGUGACUUAAGAAUGGUUCUCUCUCAGGACCCCGGUAUGAAUAAUCCGCUAGUCCUAGGUUGGGAGUGUUGGUUUGAAAAGAAUACUGCUAAAUAUUUUGCACUUUUGAUACUCUGUUGGGGACAGGGAAUAAAUAAUUUAUUGGGCAAAACUGUCUUCUUCAUUAUUAUUAUUUUGUAUUUGUGAACAGGCACUAAUUCUAUUUUUGGUUUGGUUUUGCUUUAAAGACUUACAGAUUCGCAACCGAUAAAAUAAACUUAUUUUAAAACGUGUGAC